AUGGAUGAGAAGAGGUUUAUUGAAGCAUCGAAAAAUGGGAAUUUAAUUCCUCUUUGUAAAACUAUUUUCUCGGAUCAGUUGACACCGGUGCUUGCUUAUCGGUGCUUGGUUAAGGAAGAUGAUCGAGAGACUCCGAGCUUCCUCUUUGAAUCAGUCAAUCCUGGUUACCGCACAAUAACUGUUGGGAGAUACAGUGUGGUAGGUGCGCAACCGACAAUGGAAAUCGUGGCAAAAGAAAACAAGGUUACAAUAUUAGACCAUGAAGCUGGGAAAAAGACUGAAAGGGUUGUAGAGGAUCCGAUGACGAUUCCAAGAAGUAUUUCAGAGGAUUGGAGACCACAACUGAUCGAAGAUCUUCCUGAUGCAUUUUGUGGCGGAUUGGUUGGUUUUUUCUCAUAUGAUACGGUUCGUUAUCUAGAGAAGAAAAGGCUGUCUUUCUCAAGCGCACCAAAGGAUGAUAGGAAUCUUGCAGACAUUCAUCUCGGACUCUAUAAUGAUGUAAUUGUGUUUGAUCAUGUAGAGAAGAAAGUACACGUGAUUCAUUGGGUCAGGUUAGAUAGAUACUCAUCUGCUGAGAAGGCUUAUAAUGAUGGAAUCGCACGCAUGGAAAAAUUGGUGUCCAGAGUAAAUGGCAUUGAUCCUCCAAGGCUAUCUCCAGGAUUCAUUGACCUCCAACCUCACAAUUUUGGACUCACUUUAAACAAGAGUAACAUGACAAGUGAGGAAUAUAAGAACGCUGUCGUACAUGCAAAGGAGCACAUUUUAGCAGGGGAUAUCUUCCAAAUUGUUUUAAGUCAACGCUUUGAACGAAGAACAUUUGCUGACCCGUUUGAAAUCUACAGAGCUUUAAGAGUUGUGAAUCCAAGUCCAUACAUGAGUUAUUUACAGGCUAGAGGGUGUAUUUUGGUUGCUUCAAGCCCAGAAGUGCUUACGUGUAUCAAGAAGAAAAAGAUUUUUAAUCGACCCUUGGCUGGAACCAUUAGAAGAGGGAAGACGCCAGCUGAGGAUGAGAUUAUGGAAAUGAUGAUGCUGAAGGAUGAAAAGCAAUGUGCAGAACACAUCAUGCUGGUUGAUUUGGGUCGAAACGAUGUUGGAAAGGUUUCAAAAUCUGGUUCCGUAAAGGUCGAAAAGCUUAUGACGGUUGAGCGAUACUCCCAUGUGAUGCACAUCAGCUCUACUAUCAGUGGGGAGUUGCUUGAUAAUCUAACUUGUUGGGAUGCACUGCAAGCUGCAUUACCGGUUGGAACAGUUGCUGGAGCACCAAAGGUUAAGGCCAUGGAGUUAAUUGAUCAAUACGAAGUAACAAGACGAGGACCUUAUAGUGGUGGCUUUGGAGGAAUAUCGUUUCUAGGCGAUAUGGAUAUCGCGUUGGCUCUCAGGACAAUGGUGUUCUCUGCUGGAGCUCGUUAUGACACUACAUUUUCAUACAAGAAUGCAAACAUGCGUCAAGAAUGGGUUGCUCAUCUUCAAGCUGGAGCUGGAAUUGUGGCUGAUAGCAAUCCCGACGAGGAGCACAUAGAGUGUCAAAGAAAAGCUGCGGCUCUUGUUCGUGCCAUUGAGCUGGCCGAGUCGGCAUUUGUGAACAAAGGAUUUGGGGAGCCAGCCAUUGACAGACCUAUGCACAACCUGCCCUGGACCCUGGUCCAAAAAAGUUGGGCCAAGAGAAAAUUUGUUUAG